AUGGCUUCUGCAAGUGGAUCUGGGAGUGCAUCGGCUAGUAAUACUAGGGUAGUUGCCAAAUCUAGAAAAAAUACAACUGGAGUUAGAGAUGAUCCGGCAUGGGCACACGGUUAUGAAGUUCCAAGAGAAAAACUAAAGAUUAAAUGCAAAUACUGUAAUAAGAUAGUUUCUGGGGGUCCUUAUAGAUUGAAGCAUCACUUGGGAUGUACCAAGAUUAAUGUGUCACCUUGUAUUGCUGUUCCUGAUGAUGUUAAGAAUAAUAUGCUCGCGAUUUGUAUGCAUUUGGAGGAUAUUUCAAUGAAGAAGAAACAAGCUAGUAGUUGUAGGUUGGAAAAUGAUGAUGUUAUAGACAUUGAUAAUGAUGAUGAAAAUAUUGCUCGUUUUUUCUAUACAAGUGCAAUUCCAUUUAAUUGUGUGAAUAAUCCUGAGUUUGAGAAGAUGUGUCAAUUGAUUGGGAAGUAUGGCAUUGGAUUGAAACCGCCAUCUUAUCACGAGCUUAGAGAUAAAUAUUUGAGAAAAGAAGUUGAUAAUACUAUGUCAUUGCUUGAGGAGCAUAAAGCUAUGUGGAGGAAGUCGGGGUGUUCCAUUACGUCAGAUGGAUGGACUGAUAAGAAGAGGAGGUCUAUAUGUAAUUUCCUAGUGAAUAGCCCCAAGGGCACAAUUUUUUUGACUUCUAUUGACACAUCAGACAUCUCUAAGACUGUAGAUAAAGUGUUCGAAAUGAUAGAUGAUAUAGUAGACCAAGUUGGGGAAGAGAAUGUAGUUCAAAUUGUCACAGAUAAUACUGCCAAUUAUAAGGCGGCAGGUGAGAUGUUAAUGGAGAAACGGAAGAAGUUAUUUUGGACUCCUUGUGCAGCUCAUUGCAUAGAUCUUAUGCUGGAGGAUUUGGAGAAGAAAAUUAAGGUACAUGAGCUGACGAUAAUGAAGGGUAGGAAGAUCACAACCUUCAUUUACUCGAGAACACUCAUUAUCACGAUGCUGAAGCAUUUCACAAAGGGUAAAGAUUUGAUUAGACCGGCUGUGACUCGCUUUGCUACUGCUUAUCUGACUUUGGGAUGCCUCUUCGAUAAUAGAAAUGCUCUAAGGACUAUGUUUGCAUCCAAACAAUGGAAAGGGAGUCGAUUUGCAAAGUUAGAAGGUGGAAAGUAUGCGGAACGUGCUGUUAUGGAUAACAGAUUUUGGAGUAAUGUUAAUACAUGUUUGAAGGCUGCAUAUCCUCUCAUUAAGGUGCUCCGCAUGGUGGAUUCGGAUGAAAAGCCUGCGAUGGGCUUUAUUUAUAAUGAGAUGGAGAAAGCUGAGCAGAAGAUCAAAGCAAACUUCAAAGAUGAUCGGAAAAGCUAUGAUCCUGUUUGGAAAGUUAUUGAUGAGAGAUGGGAGGUUCAACUUCAUAGGCCUCUACAUGCUGCUGCUUAUUACCUGAACCCCCAGUUGCAUUUCUCUUCUGAAUUUAGAGCUGAUAGAGAAGUUAUGCGUGGAUUAUAUAAGGUUAUGGAUCGGAUGUUUGAUGAUGAAGAGAGGGAUAAGGUUGAUUUGCAGCUGGAGGAAUUCAAACAUGAAAGAUGGCUCUUUGGAUUUUCAUCUGCAAAGUCUAUGAGGUUCAAGAAGACACCGGCAGAUUGGUAG